AUCCUUGAUUCAUUGGCUGCAAUUGCUAUUAUUAUUGCGCAUACAAACACCAGUAGUUUGCCUAAAGAUGAUAUAGAAUUGAUAAUUAUUAAUGUCUUGAUAAUUGUUUUUAUGGUUAAAGAAGAAAAAGUUGCUCAUUCAACAAAUAAUGCUUCGGAAAGUAAUGAUCCUUCAGCGCAUAAAAUUUCUAAUGGUAAUACUUCUCCAGAACAUGAGACACCAUUACGCACUGUCAGUGUUGCUGAGGAGUGCUAA